UAGGCGGCAACUGAGUGAACAUGUGCACGGAAGAAGGGAACGACAACUACAAGAUGAUGCUCUGAUGCUACCUCAACUUGCUUCAGAAGAGCAAGAAGAAAGUUAGCAUUGUUUUGACAAACAAAGUCAAAGUCGAAGCAUUUGUAUUUCAGAUAAUUAAUGCAUCUUAAUGAUUCGUGGAUAGUGAAAGUAACAGGGAAACUGUGGAAUAAAUCUAGGCUUUAGAAAAGCGCGAGCUAAAGUGUCAGUAGCAUAGUUGUUUACUUCUGAAUUCAAACGUCUAGCUUGCUACCUAAUAAUAUUCGUUUGACUAAACGUACAUUUAGAUUCAAUCUAGUCGACAGAACGAGACAAGGAGUAUGGCAUUUGCUAACCUCUUCACCAGUAUCCCAAAUGAUGUCACAUCUCCACGUGAACCUGCUUCUUUUGAGCGGGAGGACGGCGAACUAGAACCAGAUGAGCUGGGUAAAGACAAUGAGGAGACGAACAAGUCUAGAAAUAGAUCUUUGCUAAGUGGACAACAGAGUACCUCCAAAAUGAAGAAGAAAAGAGCCAGGAAGAGUUUUAGUAGUGCUCUUCCAAAGGGUCCAUCUAAAAAGGUAAGGGAUAAUGCGUAUUUCAGUGACUUAGAUUCCAGGGCCAGAGACUACCACAUGAAGAGGAACGACUAUAAGCAACCAUGCAUCGACUUCAGCAGAGAACUGGACAACUAUAACCGAGUUAAACUAGCAGAUCAGUGCAGCAGUCAGACUGCGGAGUCUGCCCAGAACAAUGGUGUCAAGCAAAAAGACGCAAGCGUCCAAAAUGUAGAUAAUCAACAGCAGCAGAAAAAAAAGAAGAAAAAGAAGAACAAAAAGAAGAAAUGGGAUAUGAAACUGCAAAGUCAAACCAACUGGAGAGGAAACCCUACUGAAAGAGGUGGCCAUCAAGCUCACCAGUCAACACAUUUUUCUUCCAUGAGAGGAAGGGGUUUCGCCAAUAAAGGUGGACAGUGUGCUGACAGAGGCCAAGCCGGGUCUAGAAAAGGCAGUAAUUCACCCCGGGAGCAGCAGGAUGGAUCCAGGAAUGGAGGCGGAAGGAAAGACCAGAUGGGCCGUUUUCAAAAUACCAACCGCUUUCAGAGAAAUGGUCGGGGGUUCCGUGGCGGCAGGAGGCAGUUUGAGCAGGAAAAUGUGGUGGAGCAAAAGCGCGUGAUGACACAGGAGUUCAAGGACCAGAAUGUGAUAGAGAAGGAUGGGAGGUUCAUCUGUCGACAUUUUCUUUUGGGAAAGUGCAUCAAGGGUGACGAAUGUCAACUGGAACAUGCCCUGGAUGUCCAUAAUACAUUCAAAGAAGCGUGCAAAUUUUAUAUUCAGGGGUUCUGCACUAAAGGAACGACGUGCCCGUAUAUGCAUGAGGAUUUCCCCUGUAAGUUCUUCCACUCUGGUGGAAAGUGCUUUCAAAGAGAUGGGUGCAGGUUUUCCCAUGAACCUUUGACUGACCUCACCAGAAAACUAUUCGAGGAGUCAUGGAAACAGCACAAGGAAAUGACAACAGGGAAUCAGCCUGAAAACACAGAGCAAGAGACAACCAAAGAUCAAACAAUAAACACCGUUGAUGCUGACAAACCCAAGUCUGAUAUUGAUAUAUUCUUAGAUCCUGUCAGGCCAAAUUUUUACAACAGCGCCUGCCCCUCUGAGCCAGACACCGAGCAGAGAGUCCAUCUGUGGAACACGCCAGAACCUGCAGAGACAAAAGACACCCCUUACAUAGACUCAGUCCACACCGUAGAUUCAUAUGCAAAUACCACCGACAGUAAGGUGCCGGUCUCCUAUUCCGUCGAGGCAGUUCUUGGGUCUCGCACACUCUCUGAUAAACCUAAACCCUUCAACAACCUUUUUGCACACCCUGGUAGACAGCCAUCCCCUGGACAUUGGUCCCAGCGAACGUCCCCCAGUCAUCCAUCAAGCUCCACAGAAUGUAAGGAGAAGGUUUCUUAUGCAAUUGCGAAUUCCCUCGGGUCACAAAAAAUGCAAGAAAAACCUUUCCGUAGCCUAUUUGCCAGUCCUAUCAUUCAGGCCUAUAGCUCGCCCAGGCCUCUUGCUCCUCAAACAAAAUCUGGUACCCUGAGAACUCACCCAAGUACAGAAGGAUCCUCACAUUGUUCCAAGUCGUACUCUGAAGACUGCAAAACUAAACGCCCUGCUGAAAUGGUUGGAAAUAACCAACCCUCCGGAACAGCUUUCCAGAAGCUUUUUGCACGCCCCAUCGAUCAGAACUUGCAUAGUCCCGUGAAGAUGUGUGCCGAUCCUCCACAUAGCUCCCAAGUGUCCUUUUCAGAUAAGGGAGGAACAAAACCAUCCCAGGACCAAUCCUUCCUCUCCCUUUUCGCAGUUCCCAUCAGUCAGACGACAGCUCCUAAAUGCUCCACAGCUCCUGCACAGGCAAAUCAAUAUCCCCUCAGAACUCAAACCGGUCUGCGGAUGAUACCGUCUUCUCAAACUCAUUCAAGAUUAUCUACAGAUCGUAAGAGGAAGGCUUCCCUUUCUACUGAGUCUAUUGCAUCCGGCAAACCGCUUCAAAAAACAUUUAAUAGCCUCUUUGCAGGGUCAAUAGGCCAGACUUCUACUGCCCAAUCUCCUCCUGUUCCAACCCUAUCUGGUCACAAAAAGUCAAAAGAGACCCCAGGUUCCCCACCAGGCCCCAGAGAAAUCGAUGUUAAUCCCUUAAGGAAACCCUUUCAUAAUCUAUUUUCCGGCCUCAUCAACCCGGCUCCUAUGCACACCCCUCAGACUCAGAAUUCGCCCAGUAGUCCUAUCGGCUUGUCAGAUCAUAAGCAUGAAGGUCUUUGUUCAGUUGAGAUUCCGCUCGAGUCUUCUAAGCCUGUGGAAAAACCCUUUUCCAGCCUCUUUGCUAAACCCAUUGGUGAGGCCAUCCCACCAGAGUCUCCCACACAGGCCAAGCCAGAUUUCUGCAGCAACCAGGUCAAAGGCAGACCACAAGAUCUUGCGUCACACACAGAACCAGCUGAGACCAAGGCGGUUUUCAAGACCCUUUUUCAGUCCCUAACUCCAUGUCGCCAAGAGGGAAAGCAAAGCAAAGACACUGUAAGAGAUGGCUUCAGCGUCAGUAAAUACGCCAAACAACCUCCCUGCACUGAGAAACAAAAGCAAAAAAAGGACGUAAAGACGGAGGAGGAUGAUACAAAGUCGCCUGUGGGGUGUAAUGGGACGGAAGAGCCGUCCCUACAAGACUCCAUCUCCCAUGAGGCUGUGGUAGAACCUCGUCCUUCCCUGAAGAGUCAAGCCCAGGUAGGUGCCCCUGGUUUCCACAACCUACCUAUUCAAGCUGUGGCACUACUGACACGACCUCCCACCAACGGGUCGCAGAAAGCGCUGUCUAGACAAACGAGGAACGAGAGCAAUGUAAGCAUGACGCAAUUGAAGGAUCUUUUCAAGACUUUUGACCCAACAGCAUCCCCUUUUGGUCAGUAGCUUUUGUGAUUGCAGUCUCUAAAGAUUCGUACGUUUUUGUUUUUAUAAGUGUGUUGACAUUAUCCUUUGAGGAGCUGAGAGGAUCAUCAUUUGCACUUGAUAAGGUGAAGGAAGCAACAUAAAUGUAAAUGUAAGGAAGCCUUUUUAAAUUCCCACAUGAAAAUGGUAACUAUCUGUUCAAGCACUGUUUGUUUGUUUGUUUUCUUAAUGAUUGUUUUUAUUUUCACUCUCAAUAUGGUUUAGUAUUCACUA